UAUCAAUAUGAGUGUGGCCAGUCCAAACAUGACUAAUCAUCAAUUUCUUUCGGGUGAGUCAUCAUCUAAUCAGUUCCCAUCAUCACUAUUCGCACAACGGAAACACAACCCGUUGCACCCUUCAAAGUUCAGACAACAUCAACAACCGGGAUCAUUUGGGCAACUUUUUGAAAUGAAUUACGCUCAAGUGCAAUUAUUAUAUGACCAGCCUUAUCAAUGAAAUAGAAAGAGUCAUGAAUGGCUAUUGGUGGAGAGGGAAUGAUUUCUCUGGGAGAGGGUUUGGGGUUUAAGCGACUUAAGGAGUUUAAUAUAGCUAUGUUAGGAAAACAAGGUUGGAAGCUAAUAAGGGAUCCAAAUUCCUUAGUAGGUCCAGUUCUAAAGGCUAAAUACUUUCCCAGGAGUUGCUUUCUUGAGGCGAAAUUAGGAAGUACGCCUUCCUUUGUCUGGCGAAGCUUACUAGCGGCCCAAGAUGUGCUGGCAGCGGGAUGUAGGCGAAGGGUGGGUAACGGCAGGUUUUGGAAAGAGGCUUGGCUUCCGGGGAAGGGGUCGGGCAAGUUGUGUUCAACCAAACCGCAGGGGAUUGCAGAUAUGAACGUGGCAUCUUUGUUAAAUGAAGAUGGGAAGAGCUGGAAUAUCCAGCGAGUUAACUCAAUGUUUAACGAGGAAGAAACUCUAUUAAUUUGCAGUAUUCUUCUAAGUUUUAAUUCGGUUGAGGAUGGGUUCCGAUGGAGUGAAGAUUCCAAAGGUCAGUAUACAGUUCGUAGUUGUUACAGGAAGUUGGUAGGUGAUUUUCAGCCAAAUGGUUGGUUAGGGUGGACUGUAGCGUGGCAGCUUCAUAUUCCUCCUAAGGUGAAAAUCUUUGUCUGACAGCUUGCAAAUGAGUUACUGCCAAUUGGGGAGUUUUUGAAAAGAAGGCAUAUCCAAGUGGUGGGGAGCUGUCCUAUCUGCAGGAUUGAGGAUGAGUCUUUGUUUCAUUUAUUCUUGAAGUGCCAAGCAACUAAAUCAAUCUGGGAGGAAGCUGGUUUUUCUUCGUUGUUGCAGGUGGACUCCUUUGUUAAUUGGCUAAAGCUGGUGUUUGAUAAGUUAGCUAGUGAUGGGAUAUGUAAAAUUGUUAUGCUCCUAUGGAGCAUUUGGAAGUCUAGAAAUGAACUUGUGUGGAGUAAUGAGACAUUCUCUGCUACAGGUGUGCAGAGGGUAGCAACAUCUCUUCUGUCAAGUUGGAGAGUUGCACAUGAAGAGGGUAAUUCCUUGGUGUAUUCUCGGGCACGGCACGAGGAUCUCAAGUGGAAGCGACCGGGGAUAAACCAAGUCAAGAUCAACGUCGAUGCAGCUCAUAACCCAAGGGAUGGGUUGUGGUCGUGGGGUUGGGUCAGCCGGAAUAGCGAUGGCAUUUUCAUACAGGCACGCACCCGAGUUGUUAAGGCAAAAUGGUCUCCGGAAGUAGCAGAGGCUUGGGGAGUGUGGGAAGCUAUACGCUGGGCUUGUAGGAAUUGGUGGACAAAUUUGGUGAUUGAGACAGAUGCCUCGUUGAUAAUAGCUGGGAUCCAAGGCGAGUCAUAUGCGGCCCAGAUUGGGGUUAUUUAUGAUGACAUUAAGGUGUUAUUGAGAGCAAAUUCAGAUAUUCAAGUAAAGUGGUGUAGAAGAGUGGCGAAUAAAGUAGCUCACACCUUUGCUCGUUAUGCUAGUUAUGCGAGUGUUAGUGACAUUACUUUCGAUUUGCCUCCUAAUUAUGUUGUAAGCCAUUUGGCAAAUGAUUUGAUUUUAUAAGAAGAGACGUUUUCUUUCAAAAAAAAAAUAUGACCAGCCUUCUCCAUUUGCUGUCACUGGCUGUCUGCAACCUCUGUCAUCAAUCCCACACAUAGCAAUAACGCGCCCUCAAGCUGGACCAACACACGUGACUCCUUUUGUUCCGGUCCGACAACUUCGAGAUGACUCAUCUAGCUCUCAUGAUGAUGAUAAUGAAGAGUGAAUGAUGUGCAAGGAAAUUGAACUUUAAAACAUUGAUGGAUAAUUAGUAGGCUGUUAAAGUGUUAAACUACACUAUAAUUUACUUUGUUGUGAAUAUAUUUAAAUGUAGUCCCUACUCACUAAAUUAUAAUUUUGCUUUAGUAAUAUUAUGACAUUCGAUUAGUACUUUU